GUUAUCACACUUGUGUUAUAAAACUGCACAUAAUUAAGCGCAUUAACACCCUAGCAGAAUUGUUUUUCAGGUCUAUAAAGCCUAUGCUGCCUAGAAGAUCUAUCCAUGCGGUCGAGCACAGCACAGAAGCUGAUAUGACAUUGAGAUCUUUCUCUGCCAAAAACCCAAGGGCAGCACAAGUGUGUAGCAAACAGAUAAUAAUAACAAUAAAUAUUAGGUAGGCAACUUGCACAAGUGUGCCUUUGUCUCUUCCCACCCAGCCUUUACUUAACAGGGGUUGGUUUCUUACCCAGCCAAACCACAAGCAUGACACCCAUCAAAAAAAAAAACAAGCAUGACAGUAGGUUGCCAAUCAGAACACUCUGGAUUGCAUAUUCACAUUAAUUUUUGACCACUUGAUAAAAAGUAGUCUCCUGUGUCUUGAAGUUGAUCUUAAUGUAUUUGUACAACAGUGUUUGUAAUAGAGCCAUCUACACAGGAAACGCUGAAAAUUAAAUUAUAGCUGCUGUCUUUGUUUGUUUGUUAUGAUGGAAACCGGCAGUAAACCUUCUGGUCCAUAAAAAGCCUGACAUGCACUGUGAUGUGCAAAUGUCUUGAAUAUAAUUAUUGGACACAAUGAAAAGCUCUCCUUGCAAUUCUGUCAACAUCACAGCUACUGUUUACUCCUUUCUUUCCUGCCCAUUUCCUUAGUUAUAUAACAUGCAGCACUUCGCCAUGUUUGGUUAUUACAUGCUCGUGCAUGAAUCCUCCUGCAUGCUACUAUUAGACAGGGAGGUGAUCUCUUCCGUCUCCACUGCAACAUGGGAGAAAACAGAAAGAUCAUCCUGCCAAGGUUAGUAACAAGCAAGCUACUGCACCGCCAACAGCUGCAUGGUCAUGGAUCUGUCUCUGAGGUUUCGAGCAUAGUGGAUGAAAACUUGGGAAAGAGACCCUUGAAUAUCCACAAAGAUACUUUUGUAUACAGGGUGUUUGCUAGUACCUGGAAUGUUGGUGGCAUUGCACCAUCUGAUGAUUUGGACUUGGAGGAUUGGUUGGGUACAAGGGCCAACACCUGUGACAUCUAUGUUCUAGGGUUCCAGGAGAUAGUGCCACUAAAUGCAAGAAACGUGCUUGGUCCUACGAAGAGCUGUAUAUCUGCAAAGUGGAACUCUCUGAUUGAGGAGGCACUCAACAAAAAGGAAAGAAAAGAAGGCGCAGAGUUGAACCAAGAAUCUACAUAUAGCAGUGCAAUGGAGGGUUCUAUGCAGGGAGAAGGUUUCAGAUGCAUCAGGAGCAAGCAGAUGGUUGGCCUCUUUACCUCAAUUUGGGUGAGAAGCAACCUUAGGCCAUUCAUUCACCAUCUAGAUGCGUCAUGCAUUGGUUCAGGUAUCAUGGGCUGCCUAGGGAACAAGGGUUCUGUUUCAAUCCGAUUUGUGUUGCAUGAGACGAGCUUUUGCUUUGUCUGUUGUCACCUGGCCUCAGGUGGCAAAGAAGGGGAUGUUCUGCUGAGGAACUUGGAUGUCGCGGACAUACUUGCUAGGACAUGGUUCCCAGGUCGGGCAACUCAGGAUUUGCCAGAGAAAAUCCUUGAUCAUGAUCAAGUAGUUUUGCUCGGUGACUUGAAUUAUAGGAUCUCCUUGGAAGGGGCCGAAACAAGGUCGCUGGUGAAAGCCAAGAACUGGGCCAUCUUGUUAGAAAACGAUCAGCUACUAUCUGAGUUCUCUAGGGGGCGGCAUUUCGAGGGGUGGCAGGAAGGGUUGAUCACGUUCUCCCCCACCUACAAGUACCACCCCAACUCCGAUCAGUACUACCGGUGCUUCGAUGGUGCCCGGGGCCAGAAGAAGCGUGCGCCAGCAUGGUGCGAUCGUAUUCUAUGGCGGGGCAAGGGACUGAAGCAAGUCCAAUACGAGACAUGCAACUACAGGUUAUCGGAUCACCGGCCAGUGAGAGCAGUUUUCCACGCCGAAUGUGACGUAUCACUAUCAGAGGGGGUGCAAAAGUAAACGGCCAGAAUCCAUGCUGAACUCCGCGAGCGACUGAUGUAGAGAAGCCUACCAAAGAGUGUUCGCACGGACGCUGAGCGUCAAAUCAAGAAUUGGACGGGAGACAUGACCAAGCGAGUAACCAAGAAAUAUCUCCAGAGAUGAAUAUGAAAUUGCUUUUCCUGGGGAGGAUGAGAAUUUUUGGAACGCUGGUUGGGCUGUGUGCAACUAGAUUACAUGAAUGAUACUUGGGCCAGUUUAACAGGUUCAGAGAAGAUGCCCUCAAACAAAAAAAGAAAAAGAACAAACAAAAACAGGUUCAGAGAAGAGGCGCAGAUUUUCGUUUGUUUUAUUAGUGGCGCUGUUCAAAUAUUCCUUUUUUCUCUUCUAAAAUUUGUUUAUUCAGGGCUUUCGGCUUUUAUCUCUUCCAGCAUUAUGCUGGUAUAUACUGGAAGAAUAUCGUGUGUGCAUAUCUUUCCUCUCUCUAAAAUUGGUAUCUGUACAUUACCUAAAAGCUCAACAAGGGUGCAAUGGCAA